CACACACACACACACACACACACACAUACACACACACACACAGACACACACACACACACACAACACACAGAUCAUGCGUGCGUUGUCGUUGCGGCUGGCUGUGACUCGCGCAUUGCUGCUGGUGGUGGUGGUGGUGGUGGUGGUUCCGCAGGCGGUGCUCGCCGCAGCAGAUGCAGGGGGCGCGUCCACCACACCAAAGUCGCAGAUUGUCGGGGACGACGUGGGAAACCUGCACAUCUCCACGGGUGACGUCUCCGGCCGUGUCUACGUCAACGGCGUGGAUGUGUUGCGAGAGCUUGAGCUGUUGCGCCACGUGACGACGAAGACGUGUAGGUCAGCGCUGCGAGACGGCGUGGAUACGGCCACGCUGACAACCUCCAACACGGCCCAGUUCAAGUGGAAUGGCGGCGUGCUCGCCAGCAACGGCAACGUCUACGCCGCACCAGACAGGGCGGACUCCAUCCUCGUCAUCGAGCCAGACACGCAGACCGUGCGCGAGAUUGCGCUCCCGGCAAACAUGCUGGACGGCAUGUGGUACACGCUGGUGGAGGCGGGCGACAACCACCUGUACGGCAUGCCCGUGAGGGGCGGUGCGUUGCUCAUGCUCUCAUUGGAGGACGAGGUGGUGUCAUCAAAGGCGCUGUCGCCGAUACUUGACACCUUCUGGUCGUGGAGCGGCGGGGUUGUUGCUGGCAAGAACAACACCAUCAUCUACGGCAUCCCGUGGGGCUCGCCCGUGAUCAUGGUGUUUGACGUGCUGUCCGGCGGGUUCUCCACCAUCGACCUGCCCAAGUACAAUGGUGCCUUUAUCGAUUAUGGGCCUACCAAGUGGGCGCGUGGGGUGCUUGCCGACAACGGGUACAUCUACGCCAUGCCUGCGUCUGCGGAUGCCGUGCUGGCCAUCUCCACCCUCGACCACACCGUCUCCUACCUGGAUGUCUCGCCCAAUGCGGCCUUCCUGCGCAGCGGUCCGGGCGACAACUGGAAGUGGUACGGCGGCGUACUUGCAGGCAACGGCCUCAUCUACGGCAUCCCAUACAAGGCCAGCGCGGUGCUCGUCAUCGACCCGUCCACGCAGCAGACGUCCAUGGUACCUCUCCCCUUGGACGUGGAUGGCUGGUGGACGUGGUCUGGCGGUGCGCUUGGGCGGGACGGCCGGGUGUACGCUAUCGCGCGUGACGCCCCAUAUCCGCUCGUCAUCGACCCUGACAGCAGCACCAACACCGCAGUCGUGCUAGACGCGUACCCGCUGCACUCGUGCACGUUCGUGGCUGGAGCUUGGUCCAGCACAGGCUCGUGCACCGGAGACGCGCCCACGCUGUGGUCGGAUGGUGUCGCUGUUGGUGACGGCACGAUUGUUGGCAUUCCGUUUCACACCACGAGCGUUCUCACCAUCGACACGACCUUCUUCUCCCUCUGCCUCUGACCCACCAGCCACCUGCUGCUCCGUGUAUGAAGUUAUUUUGAGUAUGAGUGCGUGGUUGGUGGGGGGGGGGGGGGUGGUGAUGCGAGUGAGAGAGUGAGAGAGAGAGAGAGAGAGAGUGAGUGAGUGAGUGAGAGAGAGAGAGAGAGAGA